AGAUUGGAUCUUCAACCUCACCACGACACCGACCAGCAACAAUGGCCUCCCGCCCUACUGUCUCGAUCGCCACGGCUGAGGGCAAGCCCUCCGGGGCCUCCCACCCCCUGCCCACCGUGUUCUCUGCUCCUAUCCGUCCGGAUAUUGUCCAGCAGGUUCACGUUGGUAUGGCCAAGAACAAGCGCCAGCCUUACGCCGUGAGCGAGAAGGCUGGUGAGCAGACCUCUGCUGAGUCCUGGGGUACCGGUCGUGCUGUCGCCCGUAUCCCCCGUGUCUCCGGUGGUGGUACUCACCGUGCCGGUCAGGCUGCCUUCGGUAACCAGUGCCGUUCCGGUCGUAUGUUCGCCCCUACCAAGGUCUGGCGCAAGUGGCACCAGAAGGUCAACGUUGGCCAGCGUCGUUUCGCUACCGCCUCCGCUCUGGCUGCUUCUUCCUCCCCCGCUCUGCUCUUCGCCCGCGGUCACCGUGUCGCCAACGUCCCCGAGGUUCCCCUCGUCGUUGACUCCAAGGUCUUCGAGGGUGCUGCCCUGACCAAGACCAAGGCCGCCAUCGCCCUCCUCCAGGCUGUCGGUGCUGGUCCCGAUCUCGUCAAGGUCCAGAAGUCCCGCAAGAUCCGCGCUGGUAAGGGUAAGCUCCGUAACCGCCGCUUCCGCCAGCGCCGCGGUCCCCUCGUUGUCUACAACCCCGAGACCGACGGCAAGGACCUCGUCAAGGCCUUCCGCAACAUCCCCGGUGUUGAGACCUCCCCCGUCUUCUCCCUCAACCUCCUCCAGCUCGCCCCCGGUGGUCACCUCGGCCGCUUCAUCGUCUGGACCUCCUCCGCCUUCCAGGCCCUUGACCAGGUCUACGGCACCACCACCAGCCCCUCGGCUCUCAAGCGGGACUACCUCCUGCCCUCCAACAUGGUGGCCAACGCCGACCUCACCCGUCUCAUCAACUCUUCCGAAAUCCAGUCCGUUCUCCGCGCCCCCAAGGGCGAGGCCCGCACCAAGCGUGUCAACGUCCAGAAGAAGAACCCUCUGCGCAACAAGCAGGUCAUGCUCCGCCUCAACCCCUACGCCGCUGCCUACUCCAAGCAGAAGCUUGGCCAGCAGUCCGUCGAGGGUGGCAAGCCCACUGCUCCCGCCGAGUCUUUCAUCAACACUCUCUACGAGAACUAA